AUGGUGCUCCCUCUCGCCCGCUGCCGCGCUUCAUUGCGUUAUGGCACAUGCACAAGAUCAAUAUACCUCCUACGCACGCGACAAUGCCUCCCCCGAAGCUUUACCCAAAGCUCAAUUGUCGCAGCAGCACGCAGCGACAUCCUCAGCGCCUGGGAUAAGUAUAGCAACUCCGAUAUCCCUCUCAACCUCGACCACAGCGAUAAAUGCGUUGGCUUCUUAAGCAAGCGACGAACAAUCCACAAACAACUCGCAUUCGCAGACCUUACCACACCCUCGGGCGAAACCAUCCAGAUCUGCUCCGACGCAAAGAAAGACGCCAAUGCACACACCCUCUUCACACAGAUCCCCGCAUACAGUCCCGUCGUCGUCAGCGUCAGCGGCCAAGCCGACGAACCAGCCGACAAAACAUCCAAACCCACAGUCUAUCUCAAAGACAUCCGAGCUCUCAACACCGUCCCCCAGAACCUCAUCGUCACAUCCGAAGUCCAAUUCCCUCCCAAGAAACGCCACUACCAAAUCCGAUUCCACCAAGAGCUGCAAGAGAGACUCAAGUUUAGGUCAUGGCUGAAGGGAGAGCUGACAAAAGGUUUACAAGAGAAGGGGUUCACGGAUAUCGAGACACCAACGCUGUUCAAGUCGACGCCCGAAGGUGCGAGGGAAUUCCUGGUGCCGACUCGUCAGCGCGGCAAGGCGUAUGCGCUGAAUCAGAGUCCUCAGCAGUAUAAGCAGACGCUCAUGGCUAGUGGUAUCUCGCGGUACAUGCAGUGGGCGCGAUGCUUUCGUGAUGAGGACAGUCGAGCGGAUCGUCAGCCCGAGUUUACACAGCUUGAUAUGGAGUGGUCGUUUGCGGGCGCAUCCAAAGUGCGACAGGAUGUGAAUGACAUUAUCUUGUCUGCUCUCGAAGCACUACGACCGGCACAUAGCUACCAGGAGAUCCGGGGAGAGCGUAUUCCUGUGUUGUCAGAGAUUCCUCGAGGCGCUCGUCCAGCAGAUGAGCCUGUAGCGCACACCUUUACAACACUCAAGUUUCAGGACUGCAUAACGUCUUAUGGAAGCGACAAGCCGGAUUUGCGCAUCCCCAACAAGAUCCACGCACUGCCAGAUCUCGAACCAUAUAAACAAUUCGUCAGCAUGAUCACCCACCUCGAAGAUCCCCUAAUAGAAUCCUUUACGUUCCCCCUUUCCACAGAAGACCCCAACGAAGCGCGCAAGCUGGUCACAAAGUUUAUGGACAACCUACCAAGCGCACUGGCCGACAACCCCGAUGGCAAGCCUCAGAUUCUAGUGUGCGACAGAAAAGCGCCUCUCCAAGGCUUCUCGUCACUAGGCUUCGAGUUCCAAGACGUUAUCGAUCUUGUAGCAGAUGAAGGCGUCGAGCAAGGCGACCUGGUCAUCUUCCAAGCACGAGAGAAGCCCAAGGGCCAAUACUGCUCUGGGUCGACAAAGAUAGGCGAUGUUCGAAUCGCGUUGUGGAAAUUCUUCGUCGAAGAAGGACAAAUGGAGAAACCCCGCCUCGGCGAUCCGGGAUCAUUGCAGUUUGUCUGGGUGACAGAUUUUCCCAUGUUCAAGCCCACCGAGAAAGGCGAGCCAGGCCAAGAAGGUGCCGCGGGUAUCGCAGCAUCACACCACCCCUUCACAGCACCGCUCUCGAAAACCGACCUCGAACUACUCUUCACCGACCCUCUCCAAGCCAAGAGCGCAGCCUACGAUCUCGUUCUCAACGGCGUAGAAGUCGGCGGUGGCAGCGAGCGUAUCCACAUCGCGGCGGUGCAAAAGUUCAUCAUGAGCGAUGUUUUACAAAUGACUGACAAACGAAUCGCAGACUUUGCGCAUCUGUUUGAGGCGUUAGAAUCUGGAUGUCCGCCACAUGCCGGGUUUGCGCUGGGCUUUGAUCGACUUGUGGCGUUGUUGACGGGUACAGCGACGGUGAGGGAUGUGAUUGCGUUUCCCAAGACGAUGAAGGGAGAGGAUCCGUUUGUCAAGUCGCCUAGUCGGUUGACGGAUGAGCAACUUGAGCCUUAUGGGUUGCAAUUGAGGAGGAGUGAUCAAAAGGGGAGUGAUGUCGAAUGA